GUAAAUACAGAAUUGAGAGUAGAGUUGAGAACAAUCAAAGGUGGAUAAAGAGAGAGGGCUAGCUGUAUACGUCCAUCUCAACAAGCUAACUCCUCUUGCUUUACCCAAACUUCAUGGAGUUAUAUGGCUUCUCGUAGCUAUAAAUGCUUGGAAAUGAUGUGCAGAUUGGAGUAUCAUCUUCUAUAACCAAAGUAAACAAACACUUAAUUUUGAGUUUGCCAUCAUAACUUUGUAAUUGAUGGCUACGAGGAGGCAGUGCGUUUUGCUGGCCUUCCUCCUCCUAUUGGUCUCCAUGGAAGUCAGCACCAUUCUCGCCCAAAACAGUGGCAACGGAAAUGGGGGAAGCAAGAAUGGAAAUGCUAAUGGCAAUGCAAACGCUGGAGGCAGCAACGGCAAUGCAGAUGGCAACGGGAAUGGUGGAGGCAAGAAUGGAAAUGCUAAUGGCAAUGGGAAUGGUGGAGGUCGCAACGGAAAUGCAGACGGGAACGGGAAUGAUGGAGGCAAAAAUGGGAAUGCCAACGGGAACGGUAAUGGUGGAGGCAGCAACGGCAAUGCAGACGGCAACGGGAAUGGUGGAGGCAAAAAUGGAAAUGCUAAUGGCAAUGGAAACGGUGGUGGCAGCAAUGGUAAUGCAAACGGGAACAGUAAUAGCGGAGGCAAAAAUGGGAAUGCUAAUGGCAAUGGAAACGGUGCAGGAAGCAGCGGUAAUGCAAACGGGAACGGUAACGGUGGAGGAAAAAAUGGAAAUGCUAAUGGCAAUGGAAAUGGUGCAGGAAGCAACGGUAAUGCAAACGGGAACGGUAAUGGUGGAGGCAGCAACGGUAAUGCAAACGGGAACGGGAAUGGUGGAGGCAGCAACGGUAAUGCGAACGGUAACGGAAACGGUGGAGGCAGCAAUGGCAAUGGGAAUGGGAACGGAAACGGUGGAGGCAGCAAUGGCAAUGGGAAUGGGAACGGAAAUAGUGGAGGCAACAAUGGCAACGGCAACGGCAAUGGCAACGGAAAUGGCGAUAGCAGUGCAAGCAGCGGCGUAAAACGAAAAAGGCCUCCUUAUGACGCAGCGUCAACAAAUUAUGUGGUGGUAACCUCACUGCCAAAUACAGGGCAGGAAAGAGUUUUCUGCCAAGCCAGAGGGAAAUGCCUCUACAAGACCCUGACGUGCCCCGCCGAGUGCGCCCAGAGGAAGCCCAAGAAGAACAAGAAGCAAAAGGGAUGCUUCGUCGACUGCAGUAGCAAGUGUGAAGCCACUUGCAAAUGGAGAAGGCCUAAGUGCAACGGCUACGGUUCCCUAUGCUACGAUCCGCGUUUCGUGGGAGGCGACGGCGUGAUGUUCUACUUCCAUGGAUCCAAGGGCGGCGACUACGCCAUUGUCUCCGAUGACAACCUCCACAUCAACGCUCACCUCAUCGGGACGAGGCCGCAGGGGAGGACUCGUGACUUCACAUGGGUUCAAGCUCUGUCGGUCAUGUUUGAUUCCCACACACUGGUGGUAGCAGCCAAGAAGCUCUCACAGUGGAGUGACAACGUGGAUGCAGUUUUGGUGAAGUGGAACGGUGUCCACAUCAGCAUCCCGACAGACGGGGAGGCUGAGUGGAGGGCCGACACAGGGGAAAGAAUCGUAGUUGUGGAGAGGACGGAUGAUGUGAACACGGUGAGAGUGAGCGUAACAGGACUGGUGGAGCUGGACAUAAGGGUGACCCCGAUUGGAGAAGAGGAGAACCGGGUGCAUAAGUAUGAGUUGCCCCGUGAUGAUGCUUUCGCUCAUCUGGAGACGCAGUUCAAGUUCAUGAAUCUGUCGGAGGACGUCGAGGGAGUUCUCGGGAAGACCUACAGGCCGGGCUACGUCAGCCCGGCCAAGAGAGGGGUCCCCAUGCCAAUGCUGGGAGGAGAAGAUAAGUACUUCACGCCGUCCCUGUAUUCGCCUUCCUGCAAGGUUUGCAUAUUCCACAGGGCUUCAUCACAUGCAGAUGCAGAUGCAGUUGCUGCAGCCUGAUUUUUAAGUUAUACAUAUACUCAUCAUUCAUCAAAAAUGUACCACUAAUUUCUCAUACAUUUUGCUUACUUUUUAUGUACACAAGCUGUAAUUAGAUACAAUAACUGUUGCCUAAGGGUGAUUUCAUUUUUAUCUAUAUAUAUAUAUUCAUAAUUGAAGUUAUGAUUA